AUGGGCUGGUUCGAUAACGACUCCGAUCAGGCUCAGGCCUACGACCAGGUCGUCAACCGACCCCACGAGGCCAAGUGGUCGCACGAGCUCAUCGGCGGCGCCGCUGCCUUUGAGGCCGCCAAGGCAUACGAGGACCACGUCGCCCGCAACGGCCACCCCGACGAGCACUCCACGGCCAAGGAGAUCCUCGCGGGCGUCAUCGGCGCAUUCGUCGACCGCGAGGUCGAGACCAAGGGCCUCGACUUCAUUGACCGCGAGAAGGCCAAGCGCCACGCCCAGCAGCAGGCCGAGGAGCAGCUGUCCCAAGAGGGCCGCUGGUAG